GGUUGCUAUUUUCGGCACGAACCGAUAUGGAUAAAGGGACCUAACUUCGCCAGCUAGCACCACUCGCUGCUCGGUAUCUUGUACGACGAACGCCAAACAGUGCAUCGCUCAUUUUUUAUUCACUCUCCACGGUAAUUAAAAAACAUACAACAAGAUGUGUGACGAUGAUGUUGCGGCACUGGUCGUGGACAAUGGAUCCGGUAUGUGCAAGGCCGGUUUCGCUGGAGAUGAUGCUCCACGUGCCGUAUUUCCCAGUAUCGUCGGUCGUCCAAGACAUCAGGGUGUGAUGGUCGGCAUGGGACAAAAGGACAGCUACGUGGGCGACGAGGCCCAGAGCAAGAGAGGUAUCCUCACCCUGAAGUACCCCAUCGAGCACGGAAUCAUCACCAACUGGGACGACAUGGAGAAGAUCUGGCAUCACACCUUCUACAACGAAUUGCGAGUCGCCCCCGAGGAGCACCCGGUCCUGUUGACCGAGGCGCCGCUCAACCCCAAAGCCAACAGGGAGAAGAUGACGCAGAUCAUGUUCGAGACCUUCAACAGCCCGGCCAUGUACGUCGCCAUCCAGGCCGUGCUCUCGCUCUACGCCUCCGGUCGCACCACCGGAAUCGUCCUCGACUCCGGCGACGGUGUUUCCCACACCGUGCCCAUCUACGAGGGCUACGCCCUGCCCCACGCCAUCCUCCGUCUCGACUUGGCCGGCCGCGAUCUCACCGACUACCUCAUGAAGAUCCUCACCGAGCGCGGCUACUCCUUCACCACCACCGCCGAGCGGGAAAUCGUGCGCGACAUCAAGGAGAAGCUCUGCUACGUCGCCCUCGACUUCGAGCAGGAGAUGGCGACCGCCGCCGCCAGCACCUCCCUCGAGAAGAGCUACGAGCUUCCCGACGGCCAGGUCAUCACCAUCGGCAACGAGCGCUUCCGCUGCCCCGAGGCCCUCUUCCAACCCUCGUUCCUGGGAAUGGAAUCCUGCGGCAUCCACGAGACCGUCUACAACUCCAUCAUGAAGUGCGACGUCGACAUCCGUAAGGACUUGUACGCCAACACCGUCCUCUCCGGUGGUACCACCAUGUACCCAGGUAUCGCCGAUCGUAUGCAGAAGGAAAUCACCGCCCUCGCACCUUCAACCAUCAAAAUCAAGAUUAUCGCUCCCCCAGAAAGGAAGUACUCCGUCUGGAUCGGUGGCUCCAUCCUCGCCUCCUUGUCCACCUUCCAACAGAUGUGGAUCUCCAAACAAGAAUACGACGAAUCAGGUCCUGGAAUCGUUCACCGCAAAUGCUUCUAAACUCCAAAUUUUUGUCAUACCUCUUACACAUGCUUGUCAUUCUCAUCAAUGUCAUCUACAUCCACGAGUUUCGUCGGCUGGACCAUGCUACUCCAUAAUUCUUUUUCUCACCAAUUUCACGAAGCUGCUGUGCUGU